GGUAGGGUGCAGGCGCUUUGUGCUGCGAAGGCGGGCUAGCAAAGCGAGAGACCUCAUUAAGAUUCAGUGUGGAGAGAGACAGGAAAGGGACUUGGACUGUCACACCAGUGAUGCUAUCACACUCAGUGCUGACAGCCCUUCUGUUCUAGUCUGAUUUUAGAAGCAGGCACAGUAGCAGGGAAUACAACUGAGUAACGCUGCAGCAAGGAAGAACAGAAAACAAAGCAGCCUUCUCUCAGUCGGAGGAGACACAGUACAGAGCUGCUGCUACUGCUGCCGCUGCUGUGUGUUUCUCUCUCACUCGUUCUCUCUCCGGCUCGGCUUCAUGUAGAAACAGUAGGACAGUUCAGAAAGCUGGUCUCUGCUUCCUGUGAAAAUGGCUUUCGAUCCCUGGCAGAUUCUGUCCCCACUGCAGUGGGUUCGGUGGAGCUGGACGGCAGUGAGUGGCAGGAGAGACUGCAGUCUGUGGAUCAACAAGAAGAGAAUCUCUGACAGCAAUAGGAGUUCGGACUCCGACGGAGCAUUUGAGACCCCCGAAUCCACCACACCAGUCAAAGCUGUGCCUCAAGUCGUCCCUGAGCCAGACCCCCAUCCACAGCUGAGCUCAGAAGAUACAGGGUUUUUCUCUGACACGGCCUCCACAGCAGAUGUUUCUCAAAGUGAGUCGUUGUCCAAAAGCACCUUCCGCCCCCCCAGCCGUUCGAUCUCCUCCACCUUCGAUGAGGACAAGCCAAUAGCGAGCAGCGGGGCCUACAAUCUGAGCUUAAUUGAAAACAGUGUUGAUCCGUUUCAAGAGUCCACCUUGUUCUCUAAUUCCCCAGAACUGUGGAGCUCCGAGUGCAAGGAGCAAACUCGCAGGAAGUCGACCGACGCCCUUCCCCUCUCCAAAUCAACCUUGACACGAUCCCUCAGCCUGCAAGCUGGGGAAUUCGAUGGGGCUUCUAAGGGAGAUUGUGCAGGAGCACCGGACGGAAAGUUCCAGGCCGAAGCCUUCAGCAUAGGAACGGAGAGCGCGCCUGGCACUCUUAAAAAGUCAAAAAAGCCAAGGCCUGCUUCUUUGAAAAAGAGGCCGCCAACAAAACAGGUGGACAGUUCACCUGAAAUCCAAGCAGCCGAGGAACUAGUCCCCGAGGUCUGUCCAGAGGUGAAAAAGAAGCAGCAAGUCAAACAAAAAAGAGAUAGUCUAAUUGAAGUUAAACCAGAGGAGAUAAUACAUGAAGUCACUCCCGAAGCUACACAAACAAAAGACAGUGUGCCUGAGGAGAAAGUACUAACUGAGGCCGGCCCAGAAAUAUCUGGUAAAAAGAAAGAGCGAACAGAACAAACACCUGAGAGAUCUCUGGAAAUCAAGCUAGAGGAAAAAGAACUUGAGUCUACACCUGAAAUUUCUGUUAAAAAGAAACAGCGAAUAAAACAAAAACCUGAGAGCUCUCCAGAAAUCAAACCAGAGGAAAAAGAACUUGAGGCUACACCUGAAAUUUCUGUUAAAAAGAAACAGCGAAUAAAACAAAAACCUGAGAGCUCUCCAGAAAUCAAACCAGAGGAAAAAGAACUUGAGGCUUCACCUGAAAUUUCUGUUAAAAAGAAGUCCCGGACAAAACAAAAAUCAGAGAGCCCCUCUGAAGUCAGACCGGAGGACAAAGUUGUUGAAGCUAGCGCAGAAGUAAGUGUUAAAAAGAAAGUCAAACAAAAGGCAGAAAGACCUCCUGAAAUUCAAGCUGAGCCUAUAGUACCAGAGGCCAGUCCAGAACCAUCACAGUCUAGUGCAGAGGUAGUAACUCAGCAGGCAGAGAAGACUGCUCUCCCUCUCCCAGUGGAGGCUGGCGUUUCAGAGAGUGUAGCAGCAGAUGAGGAAUCUCCCAUUCCUCCAAAAGCGUCGUAUAACUGGGAUCCAGAUAACUUUGAAGGGAUAGAUCCUUUCAGCACAGGCGGGAGCAAAGUGCCCAACUCCCCCAUCGUCGCCAGGAAGAGUGUGGCCUUCACGGCUGUCCCGGAGUCGGCAGAGCCCGCUGCAGCUCAAGAGAGCGCGGAGGAGGCUCCCCUGGUCAAGCGGCAGUCUGUCAGGCUGGAGUUUGAUUACUCAGAGGACAUGGACAGCGGCGAGGCUCCACGAGAAAGCACGCCUCCCCCAAAGAAACUGGGAAAGAAACCUGGCGUCAAGAUGCCUCUCAGAAAGCCAAAGAUUGGAAGCAAAAAGCCUCCUCCGGUGGAGCCCUUAGACAAUGCCCCUCCCUCACAGCCUGCAGACUUUGAGGAGAUCCAUGUCCCCAAAGCUUCCUAUGACUUUGACCCUGACAAAUGGGAAGACCCCAACUUCAACCCCUUCUCCACCAGCAUCAACAUCCCAAACUCCCCGAAACUGCCUGCCUCCACCUACAACUUCGACAUGGACACAUUUGACGACUCUGUCAACCCGUUCAAAUCCUCAAACAAGCUUGGGAACUCUCCCCCGAAGAGCUCUGCCUCUUUCGAGGUGCCUGCCAAUGACAAUGAAAUGAAUGGGCUGGAUGGAGCCAAUCAAAAUAAACAGUCAAAGAAGAAGAAGACGCCUUUAAAGACAAAUACUUUUAGGGUGAAGAAGUCUCCAAAGAGAUCACCUCUGUCUGAACCACCGUCACAGGAGUCCACCCCCCUGGCCACACCAGAGGCUCCCCCGGUGAUACCCACAGAGGACCACGCCACCGACGAGGAGAAACUGGCCUCCUCUGUCACCAAUCAGAAGCCCUGGACCUACCAGGGAGUGGCCAAUGAGCUGGCAGAAGACCCUCAAGACUACCCGCAGCCCUCCGACCUCUCUGCGUUCGUGAACGACAACAAUUUCGAUUCCCCGACCAAGGAGCCGGACUGUGACCCCUCCUAUGAAAUUGAAUACAUGGAGAAAAUCGGCUGCUCAUCCCCACAGCACUCUGUCAAUUCAGCCCAGAAGCCAGCAAUGUACCUGAAGCUUGACCCAGUGAAAGACAGUGCCUCCAGAUCACCUCCUGUGAGGAUACAAGAGCCGCUGUCUCCAUGCUCUGGGUUGAGUUUUGACGAAGUGGACGCGCAGUUCUCCACCGGAACAAAAUCUGUGCACCCGGCCAUGAGAAACCUAGCUUCAAACCUGGAGAGCUGCUCGCCAUCCCUGGAGAAAUCAAAGCAGAAAGAAGUAGAGCUGCUGACCAUGAGCCCCCCUGAGGAGCCUGUGGAUUCCACUGACGUCCUGUUAGACAGACUCUCCCGGAACGCAGAGCCAGGGGAGGAGCUAGACUACCUAGAGUCAGACCUGGCUGAGACCAACCCUCCAGUGUUCGCCCAGAAACUCCAGGAGGAGCUAGUGUUGGCAGCAAUGAGGAUAGAGGCCCUGAAGGUAGCCAGUCAAAUAGCCCACUCUUCUACUCCCCCCUGCUCCUUAAAUCCUGAGUCCAGACUGAAGAAGCCAGCUACCAGAAAGUGGAAACUCAAUGGUCCCCGAGUAUCAAAAAAAGCAUCAAGUACUCCGGCUCAGACAGAAGCCAAACUUAACCACAGAGUGACUCCUGUCUCAAAGCAAAUGGAAACCUUGUCUCCGGAGGACGUUUCCAUUUCUAAAAGCGCACUGUACCCCAAGACCGCUGUCAGAGAAGGGGAUCAGGGUCCAUAUCACAAUCAAAGAGACCUUGAUUCAGCUCUUGGAAUCGCCAGGGAAGAGAUUGUUGACAAGGAGAGGGAGGUAGCCAAGUGGCAGAGGAAGUACGAAGAAAGCAGACAGGAAGUUGUUGAAAUGAGGAGAAUAGUUGCAGAAUAUGAGAAGACGAUUGCCCAGAUGAUAGAGGAUGAGCAGAGGGAAAAGUCUUUAUCUCACCACACCAUCCAACAGCUGAUCCUGGAGAAGGACCAGGCUCUGGCCGACCUCAACUCUGUAGAGAAAUCCCUGGCUGACCUCUUCCGACGCUAUGAGAAGAUGAAGGAGGUCCUGGACGGCUUCCGAAAGAAUGAGGAGGUGUUGAAGAGGUGUGCUCAGGAGUACCUUGCCCGGGUGAAGAAGGAGGAACAGAGGUACCACGCCCUUAAAAUCCACGCGGAAGAGAAACUGGAUAAAGCCAGCGCUGACAUUGCCCAUGUGCGAUCUAAGGCCAUGCAGGAGCAGGCUGCCUAUCAGGCCAGCCUGAGGAAGGAGCAGAUGAGAGUGGAUUCACUGGAGAGGACCCUGGAACAGAAGAAUAAAGAGAUAGAAGAGCUGACAAAGAUCUGUGACGAGCUCAUAUCCAAAAUGGGGAGGAGCUAACUGUCAACCAAACUGUACGGAAUAGGCAGGAGCUAACUGCCAACCAAACUGUACAGAAUGGGGAGGAGCUAACUGCCAACCAAACUGUACAGAAUGGGGAGGAGCUAACUGCCAACCAAACUGUACAGAAUGGGCAGGAGCUAACUGCCAACCAAACUGUACAGUUUGCAUUUGAAAUCGGGGUGCAAUAUAUACACAGGCACAUUUUAAUUGGUUUUGUUUUGUUUGUUUGUUUUGUUAGUGAGCGGGUAGAGAGUUCACUGUAGACUUUUCACUGCACUACUGAAGACCACAUUGUACUGUAGCACACAAUCCAAGGGCAGGAUUUUCAAAAAAACAGUGUUAUUGUAUCAAACUUUAGUAGCAAGUGAUUUUCAAAUUAAAUGUGUUAAUUAAAUCAAUCCGUUAAUGCUUUGAAAUUGAGUCGAUGAGAUCGUUAAUGAACGCAUUUCUCGUUAAAAAGCGUAAUUGUCGCAGGUCACGUACAUCACUUCCAGUCUCAAUGACUAAAUAAGGGGAACUCAUUAAUCAAAAUGCAUGUUAACGAGAUCAAGAGAAAUUAAUGGAAGCAUAAAUCGCUGUUAUGUAAACUACUAGCGUACAGCGAGACGGCUCUCUCAUUGCGAGCAGCAGCCAAAUGGAAAUGAAAUAAAAAAUAAUAGGAAUAUCUAUUUUGUGUAUAAUUUGUAAACUUACAUUUAAAAUGGUGCAUUUUGUCAUGCAGAAUGUACAUUUAUUUAGAUAACUUCACAUAUACAAUGCUGAUUUAUGAUUAUCUCGCGUGUGGGUAAAAAUCGGAUGGUACACAUUUAAAAAAAAACUAAACUUUUUUAUUUAUUUUUUGGAUGGGGCGGGGGGAGCCAUCUAUCUAUAUUGAAUUUAUUUUCUUAUGUUGACAUCUGCUUUUAUAUGUAUUUUAGUAUGUAUGAUUGUAGGCUAUAAAUAAAUACGUUUGAAGUGUUAUUUGUGUUUGUAGUUAGUUAUUAUACAUGUAUACCAUGUAUGUAACACUUCAUUAUACAUUUAUUAAGCUUGUAAAAUUACACAAUACACAAUUUGUUUAUAGUUAAUUGUUCGGUGAAUUCCUCUAAUCAUGCAUUUUCUCUGGUACUGUUUGCUCACCUCUGGAUAAAUAAACUCAACAUGAAUAGAAGUAGCCACCGAUCACAGUUUUCACGAGCACGUCGUCUUAAGUUCAAGCCAAAAUUGUAGAUAUUUAUUACUGCCAUAGCCUUAUCUUUUCACCUAUUGAUUCGCCCCAUUGCCACUGUACUUUAUGCAUCCCAUUUGCGAUGUCAUCGGGCAGACUGUUCUGGGCUUAAGGUUACAAAUUGUUAAAACAAGUGAACAAAUCUCAUUCAUAACCACAAGUAUAUAAAAGUCUAAAAUAGUUCCAUAACUACAAAUAUUGAAUUAUCUAGGUAGUCUCUGUAUCGAUAAAUUAUGACAGUUAACACAGAUUUGCUUUUAAAUUCCAACUCAAACAAAAGAAAUAGUCACAAGAUAUUAACAUUAUUUCGGAAAUCAACAUAAUUUCAGCAAUCACAUUAGGACGAUCAUUUAAUAACAAAACAGGCACAAUGACCGUUUGAAAUGCCCAAAUCAAUGCUACAUAACAAGUUAUCUUUUACAAACUUUUGAAAAUCCUGCCCCAAGACUCAAACUGUCAGCUAUUUCUUUGCAUAGUCUGAUGUGUAGCAAGUUCCUGUAUCAGGGUCUUGUAAGGUCCUGUAAUGACUGACCCUAGCCACCAAUUUGUAUACAAUUUCCCAUGAGCAGUGAAUUAAUGGAAUUCAAUACUUCUGCAUGGGGACUCAUAUAUUCGCUAAUUCUCAUUUAAGCCUUAAAAAAAAAAAAAAUCAAACUUUAAUCUGCAUUUAAAAGAUUUGUAAAGAUUGCAUGUCUCUCUCUCUCUUUCUUUCUCUCACUCUCUCGCUCUCUCUCUCGGUCAAAUAUACUGUAAAUAAAAUGUUGGCUGAUGAAAGAACCAAUUGUGAUUUUGAUACUGUUCUGCAGUUGAAAACGCUCCUGUACUUUAUAGAUAAAAAAAGAAAGUGUUUGCUUCCUUCAUAUAUGUUCUGUGUUUUUUUUUUUUUUUUUUAAGGUCUGGGCAAUUUCCCUGUGCAAUGUGUUAAAUUCAGAUUGGGUUUGUGGGUUUCAGUCCAGACUGGUUUCUAAAGUGCAAUAAAUAUGGCAAUAAAUAUAUUCAGUCCCGGA